AUGCAUGGCAUGACCAUCAACCAAUCACUGAUCUUGAUUUUGCCAAUGUUACUAAGCGUCACACCCUCACAAAACAAUUCAAAAUGUUUAUUUUGGACCAGGAGACAGAGCAAUGUGGGAAGAGCAAGAAGCUCAGCGAGAAUUUCACAAUCAGCUCAAAUCCCUACAAAAGACUAUGACGCGGCUGAAGCCCAUUAUAAGCUUAUCAAAGAUCACCUUGAAGCCCAGGAAGCCAUCUGCAAGGAACGUCAACGGAUUGUCAAGCAACGAGCCGCUUCUUCUCCCAGCGAUGUUGAUAUGCAGGACAGCGGCAGUCUUGAUAUCGCACCUGAUUAUGAAAUCAAGAAACAUGCUGCAUUGAUCCGAGUUUUCAACUACAAACGGGUCCCUGUCCUAGACAUAACUACCAAAGAAAUCGACUUCUCAAGGGUCGAGCUGGAGAAGAAAGCGAAUGCCCCUACGCUUAAAUUCCAGUUGGACAAUGUACCUGAGAAAGAAAUAGCUCUAAAGGUGGCAAGAACUGUUAUCGACUUCCUCAAGGCUUUCGAGACGUACUACCAUAACUUCCUGACGGACGAUCUCUUCGAGGACUUAGCUUGGCGGUACAUGGGAUUUGCUCUAGAACAGAUCCGCUUGGAUAACAAAAGCUUAUGGCGAUCGCUCUUGGAAGCAAGUCAAAAGGAGCAUCCAUUUGAUCCUGAAGCUCGAUUUAAUUCGAUCCUGGAUCACUUGCCAAAUUACAGACCUUACUGUCUUGCCUCACGAAGAUGCCAAUACCUUCGCGGACAGAAUAGAGUCAAUUGUUGA